GUGACAGCAGACCGGCAAGAUGGAUGUUGGUUCAUCAAAGCUAUACCAGGAGCCUGGCUUUAAGUCAAGAGUAUUUCUUGAUACAUUUUUCUCUUUGAACAUGGACAAGUCACUACAAGAAGAGACGUUAAUGUUUCCAAUGAAACAGAUGCACAAAGCAUUGCUCUCAGGUCUUAUUGGUGGUGACACCUUGAUUGAUGUCACUCUGGGCCCAAUCAUUCAUCAUCUGUUACCAAUCUGCACAUUUUUUAAAAACAUCAUCAUAUUAGAAUUUAAUGAGGAAUGUGUCCAGGAAAUGGAGAAAUGGUUGAACACCGAAACGGAAGCUUUUGAUUGGUCUCAUGCAUCACAGUUCAUAACAGAGUUGGGAGGCAACAGGGUUCACUGGCUGGAACAAGAACACAUGCUAAAAAAGACUAUUAAGCGCAUAGUGAAAUGUGACCUUGCAAAGGAAAAUAUUACAGAUCCUGUGAUUCUACCGAAAACUGACUGCCUGCUUAUUGCGGGGGGCUUAGACGUGGUGAGCAAAGACCAUGAAAGCUAUCGCCAAAAUCUGGGAAAAUUAUCCUCUUUACUGAAACCUGGAGGUCACCUUAUAUUAUUUGGGGCUUUAAACGCCACUUUUUAUCAGGUCGGUGAACACAGGUGCCACGUUUUGACAGCAGAUGAGCCUUUUUUACGCCAGGCUCUAACUGAUGAAGGUUACACAAUAGAAUGUUUUGAAGCUCUUGAGAGAAAAGCAGAAAGUUCGCUUCUAGAUGCUCAACACUUCGUGUUUAUCCUGGCAACCAAGGCGAAGUUAACCCAAGAAGAAACUUCAGUACCAAUGCUAAGCGCUCAGAACUUUCCGAUUUAAAAUAUUAUUCAGUGGAUAUCCUGUUUUAAAAUAACAAGUUCCUGACUUUUCUUAUUAUAUUUACAUAAUGCAGGAUUAAAGGGACACUCAAGGCACCCAGACCACUUCUGCCCAUUGGAGUGGUCUGGGUGCCAACUCCCACUACUCUUAACCCUGCAACUGUAAUUAUUGCAGUUUUUUAUAAACUGCAAUAAUUACCUUGCAGGGUUCUCUCCUCCUCUAGUGGCUGUCUA